GGGAUUUCCCCUCUUUUGGUUUCGUAAAGAUAUAAACGCUUCUGUACGCGUUUCUGUCACUGUCCGUGUGUCUGUCACAGCGAUGAGUUAUACUAAAUCUUUGUCCUUUAUCCUGCUCCUCACUUUUGGUGUAGGAGUCAGAAGUGAUGAGGGCAGUAUGGAUCGUGUGACCCGCUCUAUUUGCGGCGAAGAUGUACUUUUGCGCUGCUUGGCCACGUCCAAGCCUGGAGUCCAGUACCGGACAGUCAUAUGGUACAAGGUCAGUGAGGCUCCCUCUCAUCAUUUAACUGGUCUGGUGAUGAAGAGGCUUACACAUCAUAACAGCACUGUUCAAAAAUAUAAAGGUGUGGAGCGGGAUUUGAAGCUGUUAGAAGAUUCACAGAGCCUCAUUUUGCCUAAUGUGACGUUGGAAGAUGCUGGGAGAUACAAGUGCUUUCUGUCUGCUCCCCUUGGUCAUCAGAAUCAGGAGGGAGAGGUCCAUCUCAGGGUCUAUGAUGGUCUCAAUGAGGAUGAAGGAACAUCAAAAGAACAGCAUGCUAUUUAUGAAAUAGUAGCCAUCAUUUUACUUAUAGUGUCACUGCUGAUGUUGUAUGUUUGUUAUACAUGUCUAAAGAAUGGAUCACGAAGCCACAAAAGCAGGCUCUCACAAGAAGCUUCAAAGAAAAUCCAUCAAAUGAAGGACACUAUCAUUAAAAUGGAAUCAAAAGGAAUUGUAUGCACACUUUUGCCCCAGGAGUAUGUGUGACACUACAGUCUUAAUAGUCUGGUGCUAAACUAAGAGACAUAGAGGAGGACAAAGAGGACAUAAUGAAAGAAAAAUGGUGCUAGGUGAACAUUAUCUAAUAAGUAGAUAUUGUUCAGAACUGGACUGUGUGACACGUGAUGUCCCUUCCAGAGUGAUGUCCCUCCUAGAGUGCUGUUCCUUCCAGUGCUGUUGAAAGGAGGAGAAUGAAGGUCCUGCUGUAUUGUACCAACCAUCCAUGUUUCAUCUAAGCUAAACAAAAAAGUCACCUUAUACUUUGCACUGCUUUAAGGUUAAAAAAUAAGUACUUCAAAGAGUACCCUGCCUUAAUCAUUCUAAGCUAAUGCUCUGGUACUACAUAUGUAUAUUUAGUGAUCAUUAGGCAGGUUGCUUAGAGAAAAGGAUGUAAGCAAUUAAAUAACUGCAAAGUUUGUUUAAUUAUCUAAGUAAGUAUGUGUUAGUUAGCUUUAUACUAUGUGCAUUCAGUACUGUAUUUUUUAUACCUUAUAUGUUCUUAUUUUUUGUAUUUGAAAAUCAUGUAAAUUUGUUUUAGAACGUUUUGUGUAGUUGGCUAUUUUGCACUAAUGGCUAAAUGAGCUGAUGAUGAUAACAAUAAUAAUAAUAAUUAUUAUUAUUAUUAUUAUUAUUAUUAUAAAACAAAAGCCUGUUUGUUCUGUUAAAGCUAUAGUGAAGCUAUGAUUUUUCUGUUUCAGUCAGUGCUGAUAAUUUCAGAUAUAAUGGCAUGAUUCAUAUAAAUAAACACCACUUUACCAUUACUACU